UUGCUGUUGGUAUACGUCCUCAAUUGCUCCAACUCACUCCAGAGCGUUUCCAAGAAUCUUCACACAACCCAGACAUGGACAGCUACAUCAUCCAGAAAUUGCUUUUCGCUUCCUUGCUCAUGACCUUUCAGGUUAUCAGCCGCAGUGAGAACCAGUCAUUCAAUGACUCAGCAGACCUCACUCUACCACCCUCCUAUCGCAUCAGCUGGAUGAGCUCCAUCGACGAUUACAAAAGGAUCUCUGAAAUCACCAUCCCCGGGACGCACGACACGAUGGCCCUUCACGGGGGUCCGCCCGCAGAAUGCCAGGCCUGGUCGCUGGCCGACCAGCUGAGGGCUGGCAUACGCUAUCUUGACCUCAGGGUGUUUGCCCUUGAGCACACACUCUACAUCAUGCAUGGGGUGGUUUAUCAACACACCACGUUCUCCACGGUGCUUAGCACCAUACGGGACUUUCUAAAGGAGCACAGGAGUGAGGCGGUCUUAGUAAGGGUGAAACCAGACCUGAUUGACAAAGACAAGGUGGAGGGGAUGGUUGCACAGCUCAUAACUGGUGAUGAAGAUGUCUGGGUAAAGUCAGACAUACCAAGGAUGGGUGAUGUUAGAGGCAAGAUUGUCCUGCUGCAGAAAGACAGCUUCAAGCUAGGUAUACCCAUCCUGGGCACUGACAAGAAAGAUGACUAUGAGGUCACCCACAUUGAUGAGAAAGAGCGUAAAAUUGAGACCCAUUUGCAAGAGGCUGAGAGAGAGUGUGGUGGUGGGGAUUAUGUAGUGCUGUCCUACUCUAGCGGCACUGGCAUUGGCACCUUGGAGGGUAUGUUUUUAACGCCUAAAAGAGUAGCCGAGAAAAUUGACCCUUGGUUCUAUGGGUAUCUGAAUGGCCUUGAUCUCAGGAAGGGGAGCUGCCUCGGCAUUAUUGCAAUGGAUUUCCCUGGCCUUGACCUCAUUCAAACUGUGAUCCAUCUAAAUCAGUUUUAGUUGAUGUUCAGCGUUGAGAAUUAAUUAAUUCAAAGUGCAGAAAUCAAGCACAGCUUGCUGCAAGCAUGCUGACAAAAAAUAAUUACCAUGGCUUCAUUGUAUUGACAUGAACGAUCAGUCAAAUAUAUCUAAUUAAACAUAUGGCAUUAUGCGGAUUUGGGGGAACUUGAGUUAAAGUAGAUAUUCUGUAUUUGCAAUGUGUUUGUAUUGAAGCAUUAAAGUAAAUAUCAACAACCAA